CUCUCGCUUUCCCCUCACGCGCUCUACAUCCCCGACCGAUAUUACAUGCUCUCUGGAUUGGGUCAUUGUCGGCCGGGAUCAAAAUGGCUGACAUAGAUGAAGCCGUCAUUCAUAUGCCCUCGCAGGAUGCGAGCGCUCACAUUGACACCGACCUCUCCGACGAGACUCAGGACUUCCGCAUGCUGAACAGCAUUUCCUUCCUCACAGAUGGUUCCCAACAAAGUCUCCCCAAACGCGGUGAAAAGGACUUCGAACCGAAUCCGACGCUCUUCCAAGCCGACAUUCUCUCCGCCUCGCGGCAGGCCAUGCACAAUGCCCUUUCGUACCCUCGCCUACACCACCCGAAGACACAGGUUGUUGGAAUAUACUCUCCCAGUGGGCCGAUCCCGCUGCGAUCUGCCCAAAAGCUAGAUACCAUCACGGAAGAAUCGGAGCCCUCGAAACCCGCAGGCUCGGAUAUAGGCGUCCACCCCGACUCGUGUGUCUAUGUUCCUGCCCCGAAGGGACAGUACUUCAAGUCGAUAGGUCAGGCUGAUCGUUGGAAUCGCGUAUGGUUACUUCCGGAGGAGGCUCUGUAUCUACUUGAGAGAGGGACCUUAGAUAUCAGGUGGCCGUGCUCGGAGGUCGGCUGUGCUGACGACGAGGGGACGGACGACUCUGGUAUCCCGAUGAGCUUACAGGCGGCUUAUGCGGCGUUCAUGGGGCGGAGCGGUCUGACCAGUGAGCGGUACUCGGUUUAUACGGGAUUGAGGCGGUUGGGGUAUACGAUCAUUCGUGCCCCGGGGUGGCACGAUGCAGAGGAGGGCGAUGAGACUAGCGAAUCACAGCAAACAGCACUAGAGAAGCCCCAGGGUCUGGGACUUGGGAUUGCUGGGGUGUUUAGGCAGCUUUUGCAGUGGCUGUACAAACCUGGUAGUGCUACAACUGCGUUGGGGCCUGUUGUGGGCCUUGGGAUUCAUCGGAGUUAUGAUGACAUAUAUCAGAAGCUCUCUAUCAUCCCCUGGUAUGACCCGACUGCUUCGCCUUCUCCCCCGCCUCCCACGACACCGCCCUACCGUGUAGUCUUCCAUAUCUACAAGCCAUCCACACCCUUCAAGAAAUCCGCCCCUCCGACCCCUGACUUUAGGCUCGCCGUUGUGAAUGCGCGCACGCACACCACGAUCCCUACAUCCGCUCAGCUUGGCGCAUUGCUCGAGAGCACACCGCUCGACCCACCAGUGGGCGAGAAGAUGAGUCGCCAGCUGUACCAGCGACUCCGAUACGGAUACAGGAACGUGAUCCUGGCUGUAGUCGACGAGGGCGUCGUGAGUUAUCUCCGAAUUGCAGACUCAGCAUUUGGCAAGGAAAAGCUUUAUAAGCAGCAGAACACGAAAGGAAACAAAGGACCCUGGCGUCCACGGCCCAAAGGACGCUGAGGGCUUAUCACAUUCCAUUAUACAGCUCAUGCUAAAUACAUUCCCUGAAGGGAUAAGAGCAUUUCUCCCCUGGAAUAAGGCCCGAGAUCCACCAGAACGGACACGGACUGAAUAGAGGGGAUGGUAACAAUCUGCCAUCAUCUUUAGUACACCCGUCCACGGAGUGAAAGGACGGAUAUAGAUGCUCCGAUGGCGAGCCAGUGGCGUUGAUAGUCCACUGACCAAGUGAGAUGAAAUGUGCAGUGGAGGGAGUCCCUAAAAGGGACAAGAGACAGCAAGAUAUCCGUCUAUUCUUCCAAGUUAUAUACCCAGAUCAUAACGCCACCCUACCAUCUGUUAAGAAGCUGAAACCACAACCACCAAACUCCAUAUGAUAUACAAUAGAGACAUAGAGCCAUCAUGUCGCGUUAUUCGUAAACCCAAGCCAUCCCACUACAAUAAACCUAGAGCCACAAUCAGUACAAACCCCG